GGCCUUUCCGUUUUUCCUCCAAAGCCAGCAUCUAGGUUGAAGUGCCGAAAAGCGGGCCGGAGACGAGCGAUUUCUUGUUCCCAAAUUCCGGCGAACUUGCCACUUGCAAGCGUCCUUCAGUACAGUAUCAUCGCCCGCGGUAAAGAUGAGGAUUGUAGGGCUCACAGGUGGAAUCGCCUCCGGGAAGAGCACCGUCUCUAAUCUUUUCAAGUCCCACGGCGUCCCCGUUGUCGACGCCGACCUCGUCGCUCGCGAUGUUCUAAAGAAAGGCACCGGUGGCUGGAAAAAGGUUGUGGCUGCAUUUGGUGAGGACAUCUUACAGGAUAAUGGAGAAGUAGAUAGAGCAAAGCUAGGCCGCAUAGUAUUUGCUGAUCCCGACAAGCGCCAGCUACUUAAUCGCUACUUUUUCACUUUAGCCUUCUGGCUAUUAUGUGUUUGCAGGCUAUUGGCACCCUUCAUUUCGUCUGGUAUUUUGUGGGAAAUUUUGAAGUUAUGGAUGAGGGGCUAUAAAAUUAUUGUUCUUGAUGUCCCUUUGCUGUUUGAAGCCAAGAUGGACAGGUGGACAAAGCCAAUUAUUGUUGUAUGGGUUGAUCCUGAAACACAGCUUCAGCGACUUAUGGAAAGAGAUAGAACAUCUAUUGAGGAGGCCAAAAACAGGAUACAAGCUCAGAUGCCUCUAGAUUUGAAAACGACUAAGGCAGACAUAGUAAUUGACAACACUGGAUCAAUAGAGGAACUGAAUGAAAGUUUUAGGAAAGUAUUAGUCAAGGUCACAACACCAUUGACAUGGACUGAAUUUGCACUUUCCAGACAGGGAGCUUUUGUGGCUUUUGUAUCAGUUUUUAUUGGUGUUAUCAUAUGCCAGAAAAGUUUAUAAUGCAGCAUCGUAGUGAUUAUCAUAAAAAUAAAUUCAACUCUUACAUCUCAGCAAAUCAUUUUUCUGCUUUAUUCAAUUGGAUUGUAAGAAUGAUGUAGUUGAGGAAAUUCAAGGUGUCCGAAGCUGUUGUGUGACUGUUAA